ACCAGCAGUUUGUUUAGAGGGUCAAAGUCAGAGUGGUGGACAUGGUCCUGGGGGUGGCAAGAAGGAUGACAAGGAUAAGAAGAAGAAAUAUGAACCCCCAGUUCCAACUAGAGUGGGGAAAAAGAAGAAGAAAACAAAGGGACCAGAUGCAGCCAGCAAACUCCCACUGGUGACACCUCACACACAGUGCAGACUCAAAUUGUUGAAAUUAGAGCGAAUAAAAGACUACCUCCUUAUGGAGGAAGAAUUUAUCAGAAAUCAGGAACAGAUGAAACCUUUGGAAGAAAAGCAAGAGGAAGAGAGAUCAAAGGUGGACGAUCUGAGAGGAACCCCAAUGUCUGUAGGUACCCUGGAGGAGAUCAUUGAUGACAAUCACGCUAUAGUGUCUACAUCAGUGGGAUCUGAGCACUAUGUCAGUAUUCUGUCUUUUGUGGACAAAGAUCUCCUAGAACCAGGUUGCUCUGUUUUGCUUAAUCAUAAGGUUCAUGCUGUUAUAGGAGUCCUGAUGGAUGACACAGAUCCUUUAGUUACCGUAAUGAAAGUGGAGAAAGCCCCUCAGGAGACUUAUGCUGACAUUGGUGGCCUUGACAACCAGAUUCAAGAAAUUAAGGAAUCUGUGGAACUUCCUCUCACCCAUCCUGAAUAUUACGAAGAGAUGGGUAUAAAGCCACCCAAAGGAGUAAUUCUGUAUGGCCCACCUGGGACAGGUAAAACGUUACUAGCCAAAGCAGUGGCAAACCAGACCUCAGCAACCUUUCUGAGAGUUGUUGGCUCUGAGCUUAUUCAGAAGUACCUAGGUGACGGACCAAAGCUUGUGCGUGAAUUGUUCCGUGUAGCUGAGGAGCAUGCUCCAUCAAUCGUCUUUAUUGAUGAAAUAGACGCCAUUGGUACAAAGAGAUAUGACUCAAAUUCUGGCGGUGAAAGAGAGAUACAGCGUACAAUGCUGGAGUUGCUGAACCAAUUGGAUGGGUUUGACUCCCGUGGGGAUGUGAAAGUUAUCAUGGCCACAAACAGAAUAGAAACAUUGGAUCCAGCCUUAAUCAGACCAGGGCGUAUUGAUAGGAAAAUUGAGUUCCCACUACCAGAUGAAAAGACCAAGAAGCGUAUCUUUCAGAUCCACACAAGCAGGAUGACUUUGGCAGAUGACGUAACGUUAGAUGAGCUCAUUAUGGCUAAAGAUGAUCUGUCUGGUGCAGAUAUUAAGGCAAUUUGUACAGAAGCUGGUUUGAUGGCUUUGCGGGAACGCAGAAUGAAAGUAACGAAUGAAGACUUCAAAAAAUCAAAAGAGAAUGUUCUCUAUAAAAAACAAGAAGGCACCCCAGAGGGGCUUUAUCUUUAAAUUGGGGACUUCUCACUUUCAAAAUGAGAGAUGGCAACAGAAGUUUCACAGGCCUCAGCAGUACAGCAUAAAUGUGUUAUUCCCUUCGAGCAUGAUGAAUGGAGUGUAUUUAGUUACAAGUCUAAAAUACUUAUUUCCAAAUAAAACACGGGUUUCAGAAUGAUUUUUUUAA